GUUGAGAAAUUACACAUAUUUUUGCAAGGUUAACAAACGUAUGCAAGUAAUCUUAAAUAUGCACCAAAAUGUUAAUUGUUCCUUGUAUAAAAUGUGAUGAAAACAUACGUGUGACCUUUUUUAAUGGUAAUAAUAAUGCACCCUGCCUUUCCUUCCCACAGACAUGAACUUAGAAGAAGACAAUGGCCAAGCAGUUGGAUGUUGCAACGGCAAACUGAGGCAAUGGCUAAUUGAUCAGAUUGACAGCAAGAGAUAUUCAGGUCUAGUUUGGGAGAACAUGGAGAAGACCAUCUUCAGGAUUCCGUGGAAACAUGCAGGCAAGCAGGACUACAACAGAGAGGAGGAUGCUGCACUCUUCAAGGCGUGGGCUCUGUUCAAAGGGAAAUACAAGGAAGGUGUAGACAAGCCAGACCCUCCAACAUGGAAAACAAGACUACGCUGUGCUCUCAAUAAAAGUAAUGACUUUGACGAGCUGACAGAAAGAAGCCAACUAGACAUCUCGGAGCCUUACAAAGUCUACAGGAUCAUUCCAGAGGGAGUCAAAAGAGGUACAGUAGCAGGAAUGAAGAUGAGCAGUGUUGAGGAUGCAUCACAUUCCUUUGGUUUUAUUCCUCCGUACUCAUCUCUGCACAGCCAAGUACAAACCUAUAUGGUGUCCCAGGAGAGAAGGGACUGGAGGGAUUACAAACUACCAGAACAGCAACAUAUUCCUCCUGUACAUCACCGUGGACCACAUGGAGAGCUGCAGUACUACCCUUCAUCAAUCAGCCGGCCAUGGCCUGAGUCUCAGUCAGAAAGUGUCACAGGUUUUCAGUUCUCCUUCCACCCCUAUCUGUCAGAGGCACAACCUCCUUUGUAUACUGUGGACCACAGCAAUGUCAUUACAGAUUUCAGCCUGCACGUGUCCCUAUUCUACAGAGAGUCUUUAGUCAAGGAGGUGACCACCACCAGCCCGGAAGGUUGUCGGAUCACCCCUCCUUCACCCUCCUCCUCUCCAUCAUGCCUGCAAGACAAGUUUCACAGUGGGGAGGAUGUUGUUCUCUUUCCAUCCCCAUUCCCCGAGUCUCAAAGACAGGGUGCAGAGAGGCUUCCUGAUAUCUUGGAGAGAGGAGUGCUUCUGUGGAUGACGUCAGACGGCUUGUACGCUCGGCGCCUUUGCCAAGGACGUGUUUUCUGGGAGGGACCCCUUGCUCCCCAUAUGGAUAAACCCAAUAAGCUGGAGAAGGAGCAGCCAUGUAAACUGUUUGACACCCAGCAGUUUCUAAUUGAGCUUCAAGAUUUUGCCCACAAUGGACGACAUCUACCCAAACACCAAGUGGUUCUAUGCUUUGGAGAUGAGUAUCCCAACCCACAGCGUCCAAGAAAAAUGAUCACAGCACAGGUGGAGCCAGUGUUUGCCAGAAAAUUGGUGAACUAUUACCAGCAGAGCAAUGGCCACUACCCGCAGACUUAUGAACACAUCCAGGAACUGAACACAUCAGCUAUAAACACUCUUUCCCCCCAGAGAUCCUCACUUAUUCAGGAGUGACACAUGUAAAGCACAACCAAUAUCACAUGCAUGUCACGUUCAGCUAUAUAUACACCUAUACAUUGCUGUGCCUGUCUAACGUAACGUAAUCUUUUUUUUAACAAGUAUAUUUGUGCUAGUGUGAAGGUUGCGGUUUGAGAGUUGGGCGGGGGUCACUGACGGGGCCCAAGGCCCACUGUGACAGGAAAUACUACCACAGGUGCACAGGAAGUAAGGUCACCAACAACAACAUAGUGAUAACACAUUGUUUGAAUGAAUGUGUUAUUGCUAAGGACAAAAAUCAUUGUAAUAAAAUACUAAUCUAGAUAGAUUUCCUUGGAAAAACUAGUAAAUUACACAAAGUAAAUGUGCUUUUUAACAUCUGUGAUUAUAAAAUGUAUCCCACCCGCGUGAUGUUCGUUGGAUUCAUAGUCUGUCCACCGCAGACGUUUGUUUUGACAGUACUGAAGCAAAAAUGCUACUUGUAUGUUUGAUGAAGUCAUGACAUUCUUUCCUCAUAGAUUCAUAAAUGAAGAUGUUCAUUUGAACUGACUUUAUUAUUCACACCUGAUCUACUGUAUUAUACGGAGCAUACUGUAAACUGUACUUGCACUAUCAAACAAUUGGAGAAUAUCAAGUCGGACACACUGUGCUUGCCCACAUCCAUGCAUUUCAAUUUCGUCUUUUACUCACGAAUGUGUUGGUAACGUCGCCUAGCAAAACUUUAUUCUCAAAUUUGUUUUUAUUCAUCAAGGUGGAUGGAACAAGCAGCUAAAGAAAAUGUCAUGAGUGACGAACUAUGAUAUUAUACAACAUCUCACAUAAGUUAGUACACCCCUUACAUUUCCACAAGCGCAACGAUAGUUGUGUAGUCACAGUCGCAGUGCCGGCAGCAUUCACACAACCCGAGUCCACGACACAACAACCACCUCUGUGCCUGGCUGUAGGCAAGGCACAAUAUCUUGGUAGUUUUGCCAGCUAUUUAGACAAUAACGGCUGUGUGUUGAACCAUUUUCAGUGUACAGUAAAUCUAUACUGCUUUACGAUCUGUACUAUUCUAAAAUAUAUCCGAGUGCGCACAAUAGAACGUGAGAAGAUACGCUGUAAUGAAAAUGGUUUCUGAAAUGUGAGGGGUGUACACACUUUUGUGAGAUACUGUAUGUCUCUUGACUGAUUUGGUCAGCCAUUUUUUUUACUGACAUAAAGACCGGUGGGUGCAAAAAAGACAGUUGUCCGGUUACCUUCAUACAAAGGGUGACGGUUCCUCUUGAUGUGAAACUAGUGGCCUCACAAAUGGGAAUAAAAACUACCUUUGUGGUUUUAUGUGCAGGUUUAACAGACGGGGAGCUGUUUUGCUUCCCAAUAAGACAGUAGUAUCAGGUACACUACCGCAUUGAAAACUUAACUGGUUAGUUCUCCAUUCUAAUAGGUAAUAUUUGUACCUGCUGUUAGACGUAUGUUGAAAGCACAAUGCCCUCCAAGACCUGAGCCAGGAGUCCUAAAUGAUUUUUUAUGUUUUUAUUCGGGUUUUUAUAUGUGUGUGUGUGUGUGUAUGUGUGUCGAUAUAUACAAUGGAGAAAAUAAGUCUUUGAUCCCCUGCUGAUUUUGUACCCCCUUACAAACGUAUGAACCAUAAAAAGGUCUGGAAAAAUAACAUUAAACAAGAUUAUAAAUACAUUUUUAUUUGGUUGAGGGAAAUAAGCAUUUGAUACCAGUGUUGGCAAGCACAGAAGUUGGAUGGAUGACAGAAACAGUCCCAAAGCAGAAUGUUUCCACCUCCAUGUUUGACAGCUGGGAUGGUUUUCAGCAUUUGUCUGCCUUCAAACACGUCAAGUCCAGUGAGCUCAAUUUUGGUCACAUAUGACCGCAUCACAUUCUUCCAAGCCUCGCCUGCGUCAUUCAGGUGUUCAUUGGCAGAUCAGCCUGUCAGGGGUGGACUUACCAUUAGGCAAACACAGGCAAUUUCCAGGGGCUCCCAAACUCAUUAAAAUUGAUUAUUGACUUUAGUCUUCGAUUUAAAGUACAUAUUACUGUUUUGUCUUAAUUCACGUGCUUAAAAUUACUCCCUCCCUUAUCAUGCAGUGGACUAUUCCAUGCUAUUGCGCAUGUGUAGAUUGAUUCCGGAAAUGGGAGCAAAACAAACUUGUUGGUGCGGUUUGGAGAAAAAUGAAGCAACGUUACCCCAGUGGAGUGGAGGGGAGAAGAGGACAAGGUGACAGGAAAACAGUUUCUAUCAAAACUACCGAAGGUGUCAACCUUUUCACAGUCACAGCAAACGUAGACACACAAGUCCAUCUAGGCGCUAAUGACAGCAGCACAGCCGAGGAGAAUGCAGUAGUUUUAAAGAUGAAGCUGAGAGUGACGCAGUGAGAGUGAGUGAGUAUUAAAGCGGUAAACUAUAUUACAUAUUGCUUAAUCUUCUUAUAAAUUACAGCAAGCAGUGAGGUGAUUCACUUGGUAAGUAAUAAUAAUCCCCCAGGAGGAUUUUAAGGACUUUAUCUUUUUUGUCAGUGCAGUACAAAGAUGUGAAGGUCCCCAAUGAUUGAAUUAGCCUUGGGCCCCAAAAGAUUAAAUACACCCCUGUAGCCUGUACAUGUACUUUCUUGAAUAGGGUUGACAUUGCUGGCACUGCAGGAUCUCAAUCCAUUCCAGCGAAGUAUGUUACUAAUGGUUUUAUUCUUGACUGCGAUCUCAACUCCCUUGAGUUCAUUAACAAGUUCCUCCCUUGUUCUGGGCUGGUCUCUCAGCUUCCUCACAGUCAUCCUCACCCCACCAGGUGAAAUCUUGCAUGGAGGGCUUUUAGGUUUUAUCUUGUACUGUUAUCUAUGUUAUCAUGUAUUUUUUACAUUUUAAAAUGAAUAAAUAAAUGUCUUUUAUUGCUUCCUAUUAUGAAUUAUUGUGUAAUGAGUGGUCUCUUUCUUGCCAAGCUUCUUGCUGAUGGUCUUGCAGCCGAUGCCUGUCUUGUGUAGGUCUACAAUUUUGUCCCUGAGGUCCUUAGAGAGCUCUUUUGUCAUACCUGUGGUGGUGGAGAGGUUUGACUGGAAUACAUUUCUGUGACUUGUGUUUUUUUUAGCACAUAAAGACUUGAGUUUAGGAAUAAAGAACAGGACUCGUUUGUGUGCUUCAUGGGCAUACAACCAGCUUGCUGGUUGAUAGUGGAUCAAAUACUGAUUUUCCCCCAGACAAAUACAAAUUUAGAACCAUUGUGUAAUGUUUUUUUAUGGAUUGUUUUUAAAUUCUGUAAAAAAUAAACCUACAGUUAUGGACUGUUCAUAUCUGUGGUUAAAAUAAAACCAUUAUCUUUGUAAGGUCGCAAACUUACAAAAAUCAGCAGGAGAUCAAAUACUUAUUUUCCCUGGUGUGCGCACACGCGUGUGUCUGACUGUUAUGACUAUAAUAGGGAUGUGACAUUUAUGGAGCCCAAAAAAAUCAUGUGACUCCCCCACCUACACAAUCAAUGACUCAGACACCAUCAAGGACCAUACCAAUGCAUUUUAAGUGCACAGGAAGUCACACAAUAAGAAUGUGUACUAUACAUUUUAUAUAAUUCAAUAAUUAUAAUACUGACAGAAAAAUCAUAAUGUGACCAAAAGGAAAUCCAUCCAUCUUCUAUGCCGCUUAUCCUCAAAAGGAAAUCAUGAUUCUUUUUUUUCUUUUUUUUUAAUAAAUAAAUAUCAUUUGACAAAAAAACCUUGUGCUGGACUCGUGUGGUUGUCAGGUUAAACUGGGAGAUAUGUUUUCUAUAACAAAUAAAGACAUUCACACUUUAUUCACACUUUUACCACACGUUUCCCCUUUCCUCUCUGCAGGAAGCCACAUUAUUUGUAGUAUGGCCACCUUUUUACCCCCCCCGCGUCUAUCAGCCGUUACUUUGUUUUACAUCACAAGCCCCAAACAUCGCCGCUUUUUUGUUGCUUGCAGAGAAAUGAAAGUCACUUGUUUUGUGAUGUAAAAUCAGUCAGCAAUCCCGCCUGCUGUUUUCCCCUCUGCAACAUGUUUUGGUGGUUUCUGUAGCAAAUUGAUUGUUGAGAAUCCUUAAUGACAGUU